UGAUAACAUAUGAUUUUUGUUCGCGGCAGACACUGCACUUGUCCCUUCCCGAUAUAGUUAUAAUUGUGGGCCAAAAGAAAAACACGCAGCAGAUAGUUCAAGUGCAGCCAUCCAAACAGUUGGUCAAUGAAAAGUCAGUGCUAAUCGCGACGCCCCGCCAUCCCCCCGCUCUUAUUCAUUGAUCUAUUUCCGAGCUGAAAGAAGUACGUACGCGUCGCAGAAACAACAACAAAGAGCCCGUGACCGUCGCGGCGUAACAAUUUUUUAUAUAAACAAAAUAGGAAUCGAAAUCACAUUUGCACACACCUGUGAACCACACAAAAGCCAACGAAAGUGCCACAAUUGGUUGUGUUAUAUAAAUGUAAUCCGUAAAUUACCAAUAUCGAACCCCCAAUUAUGUUGAUUUGUUUCCGAAAAGUGCACAAGAUAAGCAGAACUACUACCACUACGACAACUACUAGCACUCGGUGCCAUUAACAUAGUUCUAUUCUGAGAAUCCGACAACGCGUGCAAAGAAGAGUAGCCAAAAAAUACAAAUACAAAAAAAAAAAAACUAGUUGUUGCCAACCGGGAGUACGCUCUUCCGCCGCCACUCUUCCAACCAGUUUCUUUGGGGGCUCAUCCUUCUUCAACUUCAUUUGCAUUUCCUUUGUGGAUUACCGCGGCGUGUGUGUGUGUGCGCACGGACCAGUCCCUGAGAGCAGACGUCAUCCAGAAAGCAAGCCUGCCAGGAUUGGCCCGAUCUGGACGAGAUUUGGAUAGAGGUUCCGCUUCGCCCACAAUGAUUGGACGUUUGUUUCGCGCCCAUGGCGAGUUCUGUGCCUCGCAUCCCUGGGAGGUGAUUGUCGCCCUGCUGACCAUCACGGCCUGCAUGCUGACGGUGGACAAGAACAACACGUUGGACACGAGCAGCGGCCUGGGCACAGCCACCGCCACGGCAGCGGGUCCGGCUGCUGCGGCCGCAACUGCUGCUUCGGGUGCAGCCGCACCAGGCACAGCCAUACCCAUGGAUAUGCCAGCCACUGCAUCGGCCACAUCGAGCCGACACAGGCCCUGCCAUGGCUGGAGUCAGUCCUGUGAUGGUCUCGAGGCGGAAUACAAUGCCGCCGAUGUCAUUCUGAUGACUGUGGUGCGCUGUACGGCGGUGCUUUAUUGCUAUUAUCAGUUCUGCAGCCUCCAUCGCAUGGGCUCCAAAUAUGUGUUGGGCAUUGCUGGUCUCUUUACGGUCUUCUCCAGCUUCAUUUUCACCACGGCCAUCAUCAAGUUUCUGGGCAGCGAUAUAUCCGAUCUGAAGGAUGCUCUGUUCUUCCUGCUGCUGGUCAUCGAUCUGUCCAACUCGGGGCGACUGGCCCAGCUGGCACUGUCCGGGAACAACCAAGCGGAGGUCACACAGAAUAUUGCCCGAGGGCUGGAGCUGCUGGGACCGGCCAUCUCGCUGGACACCAUUGUGGAGGCGCUGCUGGUGGGCGUGGGCACGCUCUCUGGCGUGCAGCGACUGGAGGUGCUCUGCAUGUUCGCGGUGCUCUCGGUGCUGGUCAACUAUGUCGUCUUUAUGACCUUCUAUCCGGCCUGCCUGUCGCUGAUCUUUGAUCUGUCACGCUCGGGCGUGGACAUGUCCGUGGUGCGGGAGAAGGCCAAGGGUUCGCUGCUGCUGAAAUCCCUCACCGAGGAGGAACAAAAGGCGAAUCCGGUGCUGCAGCGGGUCAAGCUGAUCAUGACCACGGGCCUGAUGAUCGUACACAUCUACAGUCGCGUUGUCUUCUCCAGCAGCGACUACGAUGCGGUGGACAAGACGCUCUCGCCCACGCUCAAUCUGAAUGUGAGCAACAAUCGCACGGAAUCCGGCGAGAUUACGGACAUAAUCAUCAAGUGGCUGACCAUGAGUGCCGAUCACAUAGUCAUUUCCAUUGUUCUGAUCGCUUUGGUCAUCAAAUUCAUUUGCUUCGACAAUCGUGACCCAUUGCCGGAUCAGCUGCGUCCCGCCAGCACAGUGGAGACCCAAACAACGCCCAUGGAGUCAGCAGCAGCAGCAGUUGCUCCACUGCCCGUGCGUGCGCCCCUCUUCACCAUCGAGGAGCAGAGCUCGGCCAAUGCAUCGACACAAACAGAUCUGCUGCCCCAGACACGCAAGCGACUGGCGUCACAUGCCAGCCAGAGGCCGGCGCGUCCUGUGCAGGAAUGCCUGGAGAUAUUGAACUCCAGCGAGGAGGGCAAUGGGCCCAGUGCCCUCAGCGACGAGGAGAUCAUUGCCAUGAUACAGGCUGGCGGACAGGCCGCUGUCAACUGCCCGCUCUACAAGAUCGAAUCGGUGCUGGAUGACCUCGAGCGGGGAGUGCGCAUUCGUCGCAGGAUAAUAGCGGCCCGUGCCAAGCUGCCCGUCGAGCGGCUGGAUAUGCUGCCGUAUCAGCACUUUGACUACCGCCGGGUCCUGAAUGCCUGCUGCGAGAAUGUGCUGGGCUACGUGCCCAUACCCGUGGGCUACGCGGGUCCUUUGAUACUCGAUGGCGAGAGCUACUACGUGCCAAUGGCCACCACAGAGGGCGCCCUGGUGGCCUCCACCAAUCGCGGCUGCAAGGCUCUGUCCGUGACUGGGGUGCGCUCCGUCGUCGAGGAUGUGGGCAUGACCCGGGCGCCGUGCGUGCGCUUCCCCAGCGUGGCCCGGGCGUCGGAGGCCAAGCUGUGGAUCGAGGAUGAGGUCAAUUAUAAGGUGAUCAAGCUGGAAUUCGAUUCGACGUCUCGGUUUGGUCGCCUCAAGGACUGUCACAUUGCCAUGGAUGGCCCGCAGCUGUACAUCCGCUUUGUGGCGCUCACUGGCGAUGCCAUGGGCAUGAACAUGGUCUCCAAGGGGGCGGAGAUGGCGCUGCGUCGCAUCAAGCGACAGUUUCCGGACAUGCAGAUCAUCUCGCUGAGCGGCAACUUCUGCUGCGACAAGAAGCCGGCGGCCAUCAACUGGAUCAAGGGUCGGGGCAAGCGUGUGGUCACCGAGUGCACCAUUUCGGCGGCCACCCUGCGCUCUGUGCUGAAGACGGACGCCAAGACACUCGUGGAGUGCAACAAACUGAAGAAUAUGGGCGGCAGUGCGAUGGCCGGCACCAUUGGUGGCAAUAAUGCGCAUGCCGCCAAUAUGGUAACCGCCGUCUUCUUGGCCACCGGCCAGGAUCCCGCCCAGAAUGUUACCUCCAGCAACUGCUCCACCGCGAUGGAGUGCUGGGUGGAGAACAACGAGCAUCUGUAUAUCACCUGCACCAUGCCAUCGCUGGAGGUGGGCACUGUGGGCGGCGGCACGGGGCUGCCGGGACAAAGUGCCUGCCUGGAGAUGCUCGGUGUGCGCGGCGCACAUCCCACACAUCCCGGUGACAAUGCCAAGAAGCUGGCGCAGAUUGUCUGCGCCACUGUGAUGGCCGGGGAACUGAGUCUGAUGGCCGCUCUGGUCAACAGCGAUCUAGUCAAGAGUCACAUGAGGCAUAAUCGAUCCUCCAUUGCCGUGAGCAGCGCGAAUAAUCCAUUGAACGUGACCGUUUCCAGUUGCAGCACAAUCAGCUAAGAUUGGGUUCAGGACGGGCGACACGCCCCACUCCUCGCCUCUCCUUGUACAUUUCUCUUUAGGUGUUAUUACAAAACAAAAAAAUAUGGUUAAAUGUUUCCACAUUGAUGAUGAUUAAUAACCAACCAGCACAUACAUUGGCCAGGCCAAGAAAGCCGCAGCAGCAGCUACAGCAGCUGCAGCAGGGAAGUCUGAAGAGUCUUCGCGUCUCCUCUCCGUGUGCGCUCUUCGUUGUUAUAGCUACUACUAUAUCUCUACUUCCAUUUAGAUUGUAUAAUUCAUCAUAACGAUAAUAAUAUUUUUCUACCUAUUAUAAAUGAAAGAAAAGCAGAAAGCAGCCAGCAGCCAGCAAAUAUCAAAGACAAUUAUAAUAAUAAGAUGCGUAACGACAAAGGCCAGAAUAGUUGGUAUGCAGUGGAAGUUUCUUAACUUUGAGAGCGUACAAAUGUAAAAUCUGGAGCCCGAAGACGUUUCGCAUCUUACUAUUUAUAUUGUCUUUGGGCAAAUGUAGUUCUGCAGAGAUCAGAUCGUACUCCAGACAAUGCGAUUGUCUUUGAAUAAAAGCAAAAAGCGUAUUCCUUAAGCGAAUAAUUAGUAAAUAGGGUUUUUGAAUAGUGGACUAAAUCAAACAGAAACAAAACAAAAAACAAAACGAAAAUUUAAUUAGAGCAAAUGUUAUGAAUCGUUUUCUUCUACUCUCCUUUUCUCUCGGUUUUAACAAAUUUUUUAAACGAAACAAAACAAA